AUGUCAUCCGACGCUCCUGGUACAUACGCCAGCCCAUAUUUGCACUAUACGCAUGUACAUGUGCCCAAAGAAACCCAUGUCGCUGAUGUCGAAGUCGAUCCUGUUUCUGGUCGUAAGAUUGUCAAUCAUUAUGAGAUUAUUGAUGAACUCGGCCGCGGUACUCACGGCAAGGUCAAGCUCGGUCGUGAUCUCAACGAACAAGAUUCUUUUGUGGCGAUCAAAAUCGUGGAACGUUACUCCAAACGGCGCAAGCUUGGCAAGUUGGCCACAACCGAGGACAAGGUCAAAAAGGAAGUCGCCAUACUCAAGAAGGCACGGCAUCCCAAUGUUGUAGCUUUGUUAGAGGUUAUCGAUGAUCCGACGUCCAAGAAAGUCUACAUUGUGCUCGAAUGGGUUGAGAAAGGAGAAAUCACUUGGCGCGACGACAAUAUGCUGCGCUCUCAACUCGACCCUGAACUUGAAUACGUCCCUGUCAUGACGAUGGACAAGAUCCGUGUUGCAUUCCGAGAUACAUUGCUGGGGCUGCAGUACUUGCACUAUCAGGGCAUCGUACAUCGAGACAUCAAACCGCCAAACCUUCUCACCACCAACCAAGGACGUGUCAAGAUCUCGGAUUUUGGCGUUUCAUACCUAGGACGUCCUGUACAUGACGGAGAGCGCGGGGAGGAGCUUAGCGAAGCUGAGACGCAGGAUCUUGGCGACGAGGCCAAAGAGCUAGCAAAGACCGUCGGCACGCCGGCAUUCUACGCGCCCGAGCUUUGCAAUACCGACGUGUCGGACGAGAUUAUGCCGGUCACCAAGGCGAUCGACGUUUGGGCUCUGGGAAUUACAUUGUUCUGCAUGCUGUUCGCCCGCACGCCUUAUGUUGACGGCGAAUACGUCGUCAUGCGACAGAUUGCAGACGAAGAGGUUUAUUUGCCUCGCAAAAGACUGGCACCUCCGAUUAGCGACGAGCUUCACGAUCUUAUGCGACGCUUGCUCACCAAAGACCCUCAAGCUCGCAUCACACUUGAGGAUGUGCGACAGCAUCCGUGGGUUCUGGAGGACCUGCCUAACAAAGCGAAGUGGCUUGAGGAAACAGAUCCUUCU